UGGUCUAUGUUCAUCUCUGUUCUAACUCAUUUCUGAAAUGUAAUCAUUUUUGUAUAGAAAUUUCGUGACUAGCAAAUUUCGAAUGUUAGUGAUUCACUCCUUUACUUCGAUGGACGUAACAGUCAAGGGCGAGAUUCUGUGUUGGAAUAACAGCUAACGAUCUCGAUAGCUAUUUAAUGUGGUGUACAGAAUCUUGCUACAGGAGUGGUUGAAAGGAAUUAGCAUUUCAUUGAGUGAAUAUUGAGAGAGGUGUCUGUGCGAUUUGGAAAGAAAUAAUAGCCGAAUAUAGGAACACUUUUAUUUACUUAUCAACGUCGUUAAAAAAAAUGUGCAGUUUUGAGUAUUUAAGUUUGGCCGAUUCAAAGUUCUUUGGAUAAGGUACUAAAAAGUUACUAAGAGUAUUCUCAAUUAUAUGGAGACAUGGAGUUUCCAGAUUUGGGUGCACAUUGUUCUGAAAGCACUUGUAAUCGCUUGGACUUUUUAUCAUUGAAAUGUGACGCCUGUGAAGGAAUUUUUUGUACCGAUCAUAUAUCGUAUAUAAAUCACUCCUGUCCUAGUGCAUACAAGAAGGAUGUACAAAUACCUGUUUGUCCUCUGUGCAAUGCUCCAGUUCCUUCAAAACGAGGAGAUCCACCAGAUUUGGCUGUAAAUUUGCACAUGGAUAAUGAUUGUAAAUCAGAUUUUGGGAAGACUCGUCGGAAAGUGUUCAUUAAUAAAUGUUCUACGAAAGGUUGCAAAAUCAAAGAAAUAGUUCCAGUAAGAUGCAGUGACUGUGGACAGAACUUCUGUCUAAAGCAUAGACAUCCUACAGAUCAUGGUUGUGAAGGAAAGGAUGAAACGAUCAGAUUGAAAAGGACAGAAGCUUUAAACAGACAAUCUAAAAUCAAAAGGCAACCUAAUAAUACCGAUAAUGCAAGAACCUUUAGGAACCUUCAGGGAACGAUAAGCGAAGACGAAGCUUUGGCUAGGGCUUUACAAGCAUCGUUGCAAGAUGAAGACAGAACUCGAAGACAAGAAUUACAACCGGUACCUUCAGGAAGUCGAGAUAGAUGCAGGCUUUCUUAACUUCUUUCUUGAGGAUAUUUUUGAACUUGUCAGAAGCUGUUUCACAUUCUUCCUAUUUAUUAUUAAGCACAAUGAACUGAAUUUCUUCUACUUUAUAGAUAUAGAGUUGGUGCUUGUAAAAUUUUUAUCUUCAUAUUCAUGAUAAACUAAAAAAAAAAACAUUUAAUGUUAGCACAAAUCUAGUUUCUGAAAUUGCUUUGACAUCUGAAAUUAAUAAAAAUGAAAGAGCACUGUAUAGGCAGUGUCAACGUAGAGUGCCUUAAUAGGACAAUUUAUCUCGUAUAUAGAUGUAAAGAUCAUUGUUUAUUGUUCUAAGUGUAUGGAGCAUCAGCAAAAAGUGUCCGAAAUAAUAAUGGUCCGUUUGGACGAACAAGAUUUGUCUAGAUUUUCAAGUAUAUCUUUAGGUAGUUUGUUAAUUAAUAUGUUUAUAUUGGGCAGAAUUUGCUUACAUCGUCAAUUACUACUGAUACAUGCUAUUAAAUCAUAACGAUUUUGGUGUACUGACAAACAAUAAUUACAUAAUUAAGCAAUUUUAUAUCGUAAAAUGUUUGUACAUUAUAUAUUUAGUAAGCCCAUUUUUGUCUAUUAGUUAUGCAGAUAGCUACAUGGAAAGUGUAUUGUAUUAUGAUUGUAUUGUACCUUGGAAAUGAAAGAACUUAUUAAUGCUUCAAAACUUGGUACAUAUAUCCAGUUUUUAUAAAUAUCAAAGAUUUAUCUUUGGUCUUCUUACAUAUCAUAUCAAGUACAAUAAAAGCUUUGUAGGUUCUUUUGUAAUUCAUUAGACAGUUUGGUGAUAAUUAAUUCUUUCAUCUUUACUUUUUACUUUACAUCUACACUUUUUAAUAAUAACUUAUAUGUACAUUCCUGACGUAUUUAUUAAUAAAAAAUGUAAUUUCUAAUGUAACUCACUUUAUCUGCUUUGUAAAUAUACAUUAUAAAUGGA